AUGAUAUUAUUACAAACAUUAUCCGAAGCAAAGAAUAAUAAUGAUGGAGAUGGAGAUGGAGAUGGAGACAAUGAUACAGAGAAGUCAACAUUGGCAUUAUCAAAUAUGUUGUGUGAUUUGAUCAAAGAGAAUACUGAUGAGUUGUUGUCAACAACAAAUACACAAUCACUCACUCAAUACUAUGACUGUAUUGAACAUUUACUCAAACUAAAGACUACCGAUACAUUGGAUCAAGCCAUCUUCACACUGCUUGGAACAAUAUGUUUCCUGUUCCCUGCUAAUCCAAACCUCCUCUCCGUGCCCCGCCUACUAUCCAUUGGUCGACACACCGAACAACUUCAAUCCAUCGUCUUCUCCACGCUCUCCUCAUUAUCCGUGAACCAAUCACGUAUAUUGGCACCAUUUGCCAAUGAUCUAUUCAAGUACUCUGAGGACUAUCCAAACUAUCUCUCCAUCUUGUGUGGACUGUAUCAGCACAAUCAUAAGGACUUUGAAAGCAAUUUGACAUUGUUGAUUGGAUGCUUUGAAAAGACAUUGGAAGCAAGAGCAAGUGUCCUUGCUAUUUUGGUCGAGAUAUCAAAGCAGAGUCCACAUCUCAUUGUACCAUAUGUUGUUCAGAUGAGAUCAUGUCUUGGACAACAAUCACUUGCCAGUUUAUACUCGUCCAUGCUCCGUCACAUCGCCUUCAAAUAUCCAUUUGUCCUCCAUCCAAUACUCGAUGACCUCUUCCAAUCAAUCUCCAACGAUCAUGCUUCCAAAUACUCUCAGAUUGAACUCGUUGGACUAUGUGGCGUCGAGAAGACUGAUGUAGUGUUGGAGUUUUUGAAACAAUUGUUGGCAAAGGAGGAGAGUAGCACGUCAGGAAGAAAGAGUGAUGCCAAUACUAUUGUGUCAAUUCUAAAGGCUUUGAAGUCGGUCCAGAAGACAUCGCCAGGUCUACUGCCCAGUUCAGACUUUAUCGACAGGUACAAGGGCAAUGGCAACUUUAGUGAGUUCGUAUCGACCAUUGCCAAUGAGACUGUGGAGAAUAUACAUGAGCACACGAGAAGGAGCUCCUCAGUGUCGUCGGCAUCGACGGCUGCUGCUGUGGCAGCUGCGGCAGCAUCAGUAUUCAUCACCUUGGAUAACGCGCAGCUCGACUCACUGGACCAGAGAGUGCAGGAGGCAUCGAGCACACUCACAGACAUUAUAUCGAUCACACAACUGGCUCAGGUUAUCACUUCUGAUCCGGUGAGGAGCAAGUUGGUAUUGGACACACUGGCAUUGCUUCCAUUGCCCUGUGGAACAUCAGAGGAUGGCAAGCAAGUGAUCUACUCCUUGGGCGGCCAGAAGAUAUCGGCUCCAUUGGAUACAAAUUCACAUCACCGAACAACCUUGCAACGAAUUGAGUUGAUGCAGUCGAUUGUCAAUCUCAAUUGUUCAUUCCUAAAGGCGCAGGAUAAGGUCCAUGAUGGAGAUGUGCUCCUCAGUCAACCAUUUAUCAAGUCGGGGGAGAUCAAGGAUGUACAUCAACUUCUCAUCACUUUGCUUUCGAGCAAGAUGGAGCAGACAUCCAACGCAACAAGCAGUGCACCAGUGGUGAUUCAAUCAGAUUGCAACACGGCUGGAGGUGCUGGCACUACUGAGACUGAUACAACUGCCACUCCAACGCCCAACAUUCCUACAUUGAUAUUGUCACCAAAGACAAUGCUUGCAGUGAAGUCAUCUUCUCCACGACCAAAGAGUGUCCCGACUGCUUGGACAGCUGCCAGUGCAAGUACCGCCCCAAAGGCGCCACAACAACCACAACAGCAACAACAAUCUCCUCUACAACCUCAACCCCAACAGCAUGGUGAUGUGAUAUACGAAGGAUCACUCGACAAGCAGUCCAAGUUCUUGCGCAGAUAUGAUACACACUGGUGCACAUUGACACCAGAAUCCUUUGUGGCCAUUGUAAAGAAGGAAUCACCAUCAUUGCCACCACAUCAAUCGAGCCACACAACAACGACAUCAUCAACUACCGCCGAUAAGGAUGAUGAGUCAAGCAUCAAGAUAUCUCUACAAGAUAUCACAGAGGUCAAAGAGGUUGAGAAGAAUAGUGGUGGCAGUUACUUCACAAUCAAACGAGUCAAGCCUGGAAAGGAUAGUGCUGGAACAUCACAGACACAACCCAGCACCGGACCGUCGACUACAGAAAACAAGUCGUUCCACAUUGUGACGGCCAAGAAGAAGUAUCUAUUCAAGGCUGCAUCACAAGCAGAGCAAACAGCUUGGAUUGAGAAGUUAAAGCAUCAGAUUGAAUUGUCCAAGAAACCAACAACCACAACAACUGCAACAUCUACAACCACACCGACUAUUACUACUACAACUACUGCUAAUACUUCCGCUACUCCUUCUUCUACGACAUCAUCUACAACAACUACUCCUCAACAACCACCACAACUUCAGACAGCGGCCAAGAAGGUUGCAAGAUUCCGUCUGUCACAGUACUUUACCAAGUCACCUCUCAAGUAA